AUGUGGUGGCCUCAACUGGACCGGCCCAACGACAUGGUCAGUGAUCAUUUCUCUGCUCCCGAGUUGGUCUUGACGGGAUUCUACUUAGUGUCUCUGGAGCCACCUGCGUCUAUUCCGUACGUCGACCAUUACAUAGAAAGGAGAGGAAUACUGCAACCUCUUCUACCAAAACGACGUCGACCAAGACUUCUAGCACGAAGACUUCUAGCACGUCAACCAAGACAUCUUCGACCAAGACCACAACUACCAAGACUUCUACCACCAAAACUUCCACCACCUCGACUGGCCCUUCUCCCACCGGCAUCACCACGACACUGCCAGCAUCUUCUCGUCAUCAGCAGCUCUUUCGAUGGCAAGAUGGUCAAGUAUGACCGCAAGGGUAGCAGCGGUUCUUGCGCUGAGCAAGAGGAGGAGGGUGAAGAUGCCGCCGUCUUCAUUCUCGAAGCUGGAGCUAAACUUUCCAACGUGAUCAUCGGCGCCGACCAAGCCGAGGGUAUCCACUGCCGUGGAACCUGCACACUCACCAACGUCUGGUGGGAGGAUGUUUGCGAAGAUGCUGCUACGUUCUUGCAAACUGGUGCUAGCGACGUCUCAUACGUCAUCGGUGGUGGUGCCUUCCACGCUUCGGACAAGAUCUCGACUUUGGCAAGCUCUACCGUGCUUGCGGUAACUGCUCAAAGAGCUACGAGCGCCACGUUACCGUCGACAAUGUCGGUGUCGGUAUCAACACCAACUGGGGAGACACUGCCGUCCUCUCCAACAUCAAGACCAGCGGCAAGCCCGACGCUGAUGAUGUCUGCUGCACAUACAAGGGUGUCGCCAAGGGAAGCGAGCCUUCAGAAAUCGGAUGUGGCUCGAGCUACAGCGCAUGCCAGUACAAUGGAUCCGUCGGCUCCUGCUAAGCUUCUGAAACACGGUAUUAGAGAUAGUGUAUUUAGCCUGAUAUAUAUGAACUUGCGUCAUACUAUUCCCGCAGACAAUGUGAUGCCUGAACAAGACGAACUCAUCCUCAACUGUUGGGUGGCCGGUACUAGCCGCAAGCUCUUUUUUGAGGUUAGGUUGAACGCCAAUGCGCGCAUAUCCGAACUUGAAAAAGAGAUCUACAAGAGAGCCGAGAUUUUCUUAAAGUCAACCGGCCUGUUCGGGCUAUCCCUUCAGCGGGUUAGCGUAGAGUUUGAUAGCUUUCUGCGAGGAAAAUCCAACGAUUUUAACCCCGAGGAAUUCGCUCAAUCCGUAGAUUUGGUGGAUUCCGCCACUCUGCUUUCGACACAUUGGCAGUCUCAGCCACUAUUGACGACGUUGCAUGUUGUCUUGAAAACGACCACCAAGCCAUUCUGGGAAGAAGAGUCGUUCCAUGACUUGCAAGAACGUUUCCUGUGCAGCCCCAAACCUUUUCCCCGGAGUUCUUGGCACCAAGAAUCCCCGGCCAAGAAAUCAUUAGAAAAGUUUAAUGAGAUCCUUCGCCCAGAGAUUCAUAGAUUCCUCUCAAAGGUACAUUCAACUUGGAGCCAAGCACCUGAUAUCGACAAAGAAAAGACUCUGCUACUCGAUGAUGAUCUAAAACGACUCUUACCAAAACGAGAUGAAGCGCCGGAUCCCAAAGUGGCCGACUUUUUCCGAAACGGAUAUGAAAGAGUUUUGUGCAAUCCAUCUGGCUACGAGCGGACCAAACUACUUUUUGAAAUACUUUGUAAACACUGGGGUUACUAUUUUCGAGUGACGCCGGGUCCUAGCGGCAUUGGAGCCCCCGACAUACAAAACCUCGUCAAUACGCUACCACGCUCAUUGUCCUGGAACGGUGAUAUCUUUCAGGGUGAAACCGGCGGUUUACGGUACCCUAUCGCUAAUAAGAGUUCAAGAAAUGAAAGGAUCCUCGAAUCCGGGUUAAAGAAGCUAAUGACGGCGCGCGACCUCGUCUUUGUCGAAUUCCUCGACGUCUACAAGGAAGUGAAUGGCGGGGAGGUGGACGAACGCGCCAAGUUUGACUGGCUGCUCUUUCAAAUUCUUCCCAACGUACGUAUCAAUGGGAUGGACCCAUUCUCGGCACUCGUCGAAUUCUUUCUUGACGACGUGGAUUAUGAGAUGGUCGACCAUCUCGAUGCUAGCACACCGAUUUUCAAGGACCUGCCCAAUUUGAAUAGCAGAUACCCCAGGUUUCUAUACGUCUUGGACGAGGCUCAAGAUGCCGAUGGUCGAUACAUGGGUGCCUUUUCUGAUCCCGACGGCUAUUUUCCAGAGCCGGUCCUUUCUGCGCUUGCUCGCUUCCUGACCAACGGGAAUGGUAUCGGAACCAUCAUAGCUGGUAGUGAAAUCUCUGAAAAGACACUCAAGUAUACGAGACGACCCAAG